AUGCAAUAAGAUUCCACAGACUCCAGUGAGGUAUCUACGGAGCUUUCUACGGGCAGCGAUGCUACAACCAAUGAUGUGACGAAACCUCCACGAUCUCGUCGAAGUCAAAAGAAGGGUACACCGAUGAAAUAUGUCGCUAAGAAUAGAAGAAGAUCAGUCAAAAGCACCGCCAAUAAGUUCCACAAGUCUGAAAUUAGCAAGGAAGAAGCAGCUGAUGCUAUCAUGAAGGAGGCGACAGCAUCUCAAAGCCAGGAUUCAAAGAAAAACAGCGAUACAGACAGUGCCAGCGAGUCACUGGAUGCGCCACUGCGUGAAAUUCAAGAUGUUCUUGUACCUCAAGCAUCGGCUGAUGAUAGUUUUGAUGAACAGUUACCUGGAGAUAACACUGAUUCUCUGGUGACGACGGCACAAAACAUGGAGAUUAAUGAGAAUACAUCGGCGACUACAAACUCUAUGAACCCAUCUGUGCUACAGAGGAUCGCUGGUACACCUGGCAUUCUGAAGAAGAUUGAUAGUCCUUCAACGGCUGAAAAGAAGUUCCGUCGAGUCCAUUUUGGCAGCUCAUUUGAAGAACCUGAGCUGAAUAGUGGCAGUGACGACAAAGCUCCUUCGAUUGAGGAGCUCUUUCCAGCGUCACCAAAAGGAGUGCUGAAAUCUCCUGGAACGAGACGUCCAUUCGCCAAUGUUCAGGCGACAGAGGUUCUCAUAACCUCCAGUCCAUCUGUAGACAAAACAGAAUCUCCACGAAAAAAUGAUGAGGCAACUUCCGAAGAACAACCUAUCUUCCCAGACCUUAGUGAAUGCCAAGAACCUAUCGCCAAAAUCGUCAGUAGAUUGUCGGUGACUUCUACAAACACUGGGAGCAUCACUCUUCGGAAGACAUUGGAAGCACGUGGUAUCCUACAGAUCCGCCACCUCGCGUGCAUGUCCCGUCGUGAAGUCGCUUUACUGAAUAUCAAAAAACCUCGAGUAGAAACAGCUGUGAAGGCGCUUGCACAGUUUGCGCGCGACUAUUCGCCUCAGAAACAGCGAGUGGUUAUAGUUCCG